AUGGAGACAAAAUUGAUGAGACAAAAAUCGAGCGAGUUAUGGUCUGUGGAGAUGUGUCGUCAUACAUACAAUACAUACAUUUAUAUGUAUAUAUAUCUCUUCGGAAAGUUCUCUCACGUGAUUUUUUGUUCUGAGGCGAAGCGUCGGCCAGUAAUUACAUGUGAUCUGAGACAUUUCUUACUUUACUGCGCUAGGUAUGUAAUAUACUAUUACACUUUUUCACUGUUAGUGAAGAUACUGCAUCCACCAUUUGGCCAUUAUUGUAUGGGGAUAAAAUAA